GAGGGGACUUGAGGACACGGCCGGAGCAAGUUCUCAUCUAUGAAUAUGUGCCCAACGGUGACCUCCAAAGAUGGAUUAACCCAGAAGCUGCUUCUUCUCUAGGCCUGAAGCAGCGGCUGGACAUUCUCAUCGGCAUUGCACGUGGCUUUGAGUACCUCCACAGCUUUGGCCUUGUGCAUCGCGACAUCAAACCCGCCAACAUCCUCAUCAGCGCUGACAUGCAGGCCAAGAUUGCGGACUUUGGGCUUGUGAGGGCGGGAGAGGGCACCACAGCGGGCACUACUCGAAUCAUGGGAACACCAGGCUAUGUGGAUCCUGCUUACUCCAGGACAUCUAAGGCAACCACAGCAAGUGAUGUUUACAGCUUCGGUGUGCUCAUGCUUGUGGUCCUCACGGGACAGCCUCCAGUCGCUGAUUAAAAAAAAAGUGAAAGUCUCAU